AUGAACCCUUCCAAUCCGCCUCAAGCGGCUGAGUACGGUGGAGAUGAGGUCUCCGCCAUUGUCCUCGACCCCGGCUACUCAACCACGCGCGCUGGUUUCGCCGGUGAAGACGCCCCUAAGUCGUUGAUUCCAACCUACUACGGCAAAUACAACGUCGAUGGGCAAGAAAAGCUCGUUUACGGAGAUGAGAUUUACGUCAACCCUCGCCCUGCGCUCUCGAUCCACAACCCGAUGGGCAAGGAUGGGAUUGUCGAAGAUUGGGAUAUGGCCGAGAAGGUCUGGGAAUACUCCUUCACCUCACGACUGCUCGGGACGAAGCCCGGCAAUCCGUUCCAGAAUGGUCUCAAUGAUAUCCCCGCCGAGGAGCUUCCCACAGAGAUGGAAGUGGAAACGGAAGAGAAGCCUCUCGCCGACAGCCCGCUCCUCAUGACCGAGCCUGCCUGGAACCCAGCCAAGGCGCGUGAGAAGACGAUUGAAAUUGCGAUGGAAAAAUGGGGGACACCUGCUUUCUACUUGGCGCGAAACGGUGUGCUCGCUGCAUUCGCAUCGGGAAAAGCCUCCGGUCUUGUUGUCGACAUUGGCGCCUCCAACAUCUCCAUUACUCCCGUACACGAUGGCAUGAUUCUCAAGCGUGGUGUGCAGCACUCACCACUCGGUGGCGACUAUGUCUCAUCUCAAAUCCGGGCGUUGUUCAAGAAGAACUCCCCGCAACCCAUCACCGUCACCCCUCACUACCUCGUCAGCUCAAAAUCCCCCGUUGAAGCUGGCCAACCACCCCAAGCCAAGUACAGAACAUUCCCUGCAGACAAGGCACCCGACGCAUCUUAUCGGGCGCUCGUGGAGGAGCGUACCUUGUCCGAAUUCAAGGAGUGCGUAGUCCAGGUCUGGCCUGGUCCCAACAAGCUUUCCGCGACGGGCCCCACGGGCGCCUCCAACGAAGACAUGGCCCGUUCCUCGCCUGGCCGACCUUUCGAAUUCCCCGACGGAUACAACCAAGUCUUUGGCGUGGAUCGCUUCCGCGUCGUCGAGUCUCUCUUUGACGCGAAGGCUGCGAUUCCAGACCCAGACUCAUCGGUUCCCGCUCCCACACAAGCGCAGACCAUCCCCGAGUUGAUCAAGGCUUCUCUGGGCGGCGUGGAUGUUGACAUUCGCCCUCAUUUGCUGUCAAAUGUGGUGGUGACUGGUGGCUCAAGUCUUUUGUAUGGAUUCACUGAUCGUCUGAACCACGAGCUGCAGCAGCUUUACCCUGGCCCCCGUGUGCGUAUUUCUGCUCCUGGAAACACCGCCGAACGUCGGUUCGGCUCAUGGAUCGGCGGCAGUAUCCUGGCCAGUCUGGGUACGUUCCACCAGAUGUGGAUUUCCAAGAAGGAAUAUGAGGAGCACGGUGCGAACAUUGUUGAAAAGCGCUGUAAAUAA